CCGACCACUUGUCAACCGGCAUGUUUCGGUGAGAAAAUUGUGGUAAAAAGUCGCCUCUUACCGGAGAUCAGCGGAGCUGGCGCCGUCCAUGCAGCUGCCAUGACUUCCCUCAGAGACUGGUGUCAACACACUCGUGGACACACGCCUCGGACUAUCAGGUACUAUUUAACUCACUAAAACACUAGCAACACAAUAGACAGAUAAAGGAUUUCCCAGAAUUAUCCUAGUAAAUGUGUCUAAAAACAUCUGAAUCGCUCCCAAUGCAAUCGCCUUUUUUUUUUUCCAAGUCCUUCACUAUCAAUAUCCUCAUCCACGAAUCUUUCAUCCUCGCUUAAAUGAUGGGGAAAUUGUCGUUUUCUCGGUCAGAAUAGCUCUUGAUGCUGGAGGCUCACAUUAUAAACAAUGUGAGGAUGUGAAAAACCUUACACCGAUGACGUCAUCGUCUGCUACUUCUGGUACAGGCAAGGCUUUUUUAUUAGCGACCAAAAGUUGCGAACUUUAUCGCCGAUGUUCUCUACUAAAUCCUUUCAGCAAAAAUAUGGCAAUAUCGCGAAAUGAUCAAGUAUGACACAUAAAAUGGACCUGCUAUCCCCGUUUAAAUAAGAAAAUCUCAUUUUAGUAGGCCUUUAAUAGUAAUAAAGUGGUGCCUCCAAGAAUCGAAUCGAAUCUUUUGGUGCCCAAAGAUUCAUAGUCCUAGUAAGCUCUAACAACAUAAAUUAAGAAAUUAGAUUUAAUAGUAAUAAAAUGGUGCUCCCCGGUACACGUUUUUAAAAUGAAUCAAAAUCAAUUUAAUUGGCGUUUAGUCCCCAAAACAGCACCAUUUUAACAUGUUGGUUUUUUUUGUUUUUUUUUUUUUAGAAAAUGCCUUUUGGCAUUAACACAAUAAUGUACAGUAUCAAAUGACAGAAUAUAUUUGGCAAUUUAUUUAAAAACUAUUUUGCACUGAUUUGUUGACACUGACCUGUCCAAAGGCGAAGUGAGUGUGGACCUUCAGCUGGUUGUUUGUCAAGUGGGCGUUGUUGUCGUCACGGUUAUUCGGCAACCUGGCUUCUCGGUGUCGAUAGUCUCAUCUUCUUCCAAAUGUUUGAACAGAAAUAUUCCCACACUGCUGCGGUGGCAUUUGGUUGCGUGGUCAUUUUGUCCACGUUAGCUGCUCCAUGCUAACCAGCCAGCGGCCCCGCGUCACCGCACAAAGAGUCACAGCCACUUAAUGAGGACAAGAUCAUUCACCCCCCUUCUUUUCAUUCCGUGAGGUAUAUACGCGAAAAGUGACGAAAGGCGUGAAUGCUCUUGAAGCAUGCUCGUGGCGAUUUAUCGACGCUGGAAAACCUUCCAGCUUAAACUUUCAUUUAUCGUCGGUUAAUUGAUUUAUCGAAUUGAGCGAAAAUCCCGACGCAACACUGGUUGUGAGUUUCCCCUUGAGAUAGUGAGAAGAACAACAUUAUCAAAGAUGGUCUAAUUGAGUGAGAGGCACCUGUUUGAGAGCACUUUGUCUACGCCAGGGGUCACCAACCUUUUUGAAACCAAGAGCUACUACUUGGGUACUGAUUAAUGCGAAGGGCUACCAGUUUGAUACACACUUAAAUAAAUUGCCAGAAAUCUAUAAAUAUACAUUAAAAAAAAUGGGUAUUUUUGUCUGUCAUUCCGUCGUACAUUUUUUUUUUCCUUUUACGGAAGGUUUUUUUUGUAGAGAAUAAAUGAUGAAAAAACACUUAAUUGAACGGUUUAAAAGAGGAGAAAACAGGGGAAAAAAUGAAAAUUUUUAAACAUAUUUUAUCUUCAAUUUCGACUUUUUAAAAUUCAAAAUUCAACCGAAAAAAAGAAGAGAAAAACUAGCUAAUUCGAAUCUUUUUGAAAAAAUUAAAAAAAAGAAUUUAUGGAACAUCAUUAGUAUUUUUUCCUGAUUAAGAUUAAUUUCAGAAUUUUGAUGACAUGUUUUAAAUAGGUUAAAAUCCAAUCUGCCCUUUGUUAGAAUAUAUAACAAAUUGGACCAAGCUAUAUUUUUAACAAGGACAAAUCAUUAAUUCUUUUAGAUUUUCCAGAACAAAAAUGUUUAAAUAAAUUCAAAAGACUUUGAAAUAAGAUUUAAUUUUGAUUCUAAAGAUUUUCUAGAUUUGCCAGAAUAUUUUUAUUUUAUUUUAAUCAUAAUAAGUUUGAAGAAAUAUUUUACAAAUAUUCUUUGUCGAAAAAAACAGAAGCUAAAAUAAAGAAUACAAUUAAAAUGUAUUUAUUAUUCUUCACAAUAAUAAAAAUCAAUUUACUUGAACAUUGAUUUAAAUUGUCAGGAAAGAAGAGGAAGAAAUUUAAAAGGUAAAAUGGUAUAUGUGUUUAAAAAUCCUGAAAUCAUUUUUAAGGUUGUAUUUUUUCUCUAAAAUUGUCUUUCUGAAAGUUAGAAGAAGCAAAGUAAAAAAAUUAAUGAAUUUAUUUUAACAAGUGAAGACCAAGUCUUUAAAAUGUUUUCUUGGAUGUUCAAAUCCUAUUUCAGUUUUGUCUCUCUUAGAAUAAAAAAUGUCGAGCAAAGCGAGACCAGCUUGCUAGUAAAUUAAUACAAUUUAAAAAAUAGAGGCAGCUCACUGGUAAGUGCUGCUAUUUGAGCUAUUUUUAGGCCAGCGAGCUACUUAUUUUGUCCUUACGGGCUACCUGGUGACCCCUGGUCUACGCAGUCGUUAUCCCCAAAUGACUCAUGAGACAAUUUCACACGGAAAAGUCGAUGCAUUUCGGCCAAUCAACAGAAUGGUAACAAAAUGCAUGUCAAAUGACUAAAUAAAAACAAAAUUAAAGUGUAGUGAAAUGGUAGAAUGAAGAGCUUGCUGAAACAGAGAGGUACCAAGCGAAGAACCAGUGAGACUCCAGUUCAUUCCCUAUUUAUUGAAGGCUAAUGUGGAUUUUCUUCUAAGCACAAACACAAGACAGUCUCCUCGUUGGAUCAGAUGGGCAUCUUGUGUGAUUUGAUGGAGUUUCACUGAAUAUAAUCAAACUUACCACAAAUCUGCCUCUUCAUCUUGACCUUAGCGAACUUUCGUAUCAAAAUAGCCAUUUUGCCACCUCUUCCUCUAAGUCAGGGGUGUCCAAAUUGCGGCCCGGGGGCCAUUUGCGGCCCGCAGGUAAUUUUUUAACGGCCCCACAGCACAUUUUAAAAAUACGAUUGAAAUGUUUUAAAGCGUAAAAAGUGGUAUAAAAGAUCAAACGGGUGAAAUGUAACAAGUAAUAUGUUGCAAUGUUUACUCUAAUAACACAAAGCUGCCAUGCAGGCUGUUUCUUUCUUUAAAAAAUAAUAAUGAAUCAAAAUCAAUGUCAUUAUGAAUUAUUGACCUAUUCAAGGCUCUAAUUACGUCACGUUAAAUUUUCCACUUUUAGAUAUUUUUUAGGGAAAAUGUUGCAUAUUUUGUGUUUGCAAUAUAAAAAACUGAGCUGUUUUUUUUUAAAGAAGGGCCUAAAAUGAACAAACAAAAAAUACAAACAACAAUAAAACUUAUAAUUGAUGGAUAGAUCUGAAGUUGAGCUCGAGAUUGUUGUGUUAAAAGUAAACAGUAAAAAAAAUGUAUAAUUUAUUUUUUAACAUUUUAAUGAGUAGGACCCUUUUGGAUCCCCAAUAAUUUUAGUGUGAUUUGUUUUUAACUGUCAUUGUUCAAAAAAUAAUAAUGAAUCAAAAUCAAUGUCAUUAUGAAUUAUUGACCUAUUAAAGGCUCCAAUUACGUCAUGUUAAAUUUUCCACUUUGAGAUAUUUUGGGGGGAAAAUGUUGCAUAUUUUGUGUUUGCCAUAUAAAAAACUGGGCUGUUUUUUUUUAAAGAAGGGCCUAAAAUGAACAAACAAAAAACAUAAACAACAAUAAAACUUAUACUUGACGGAUAGAUCUGAAGUUGAGCUCGAGAUUGUUGAGUUAAAAGUAAACAGUAAAAAAUUUUAUAAUUUAUUUUUUAACAUUUUAAUGAGUAGGACCUUUUUAAAUCCCCAAUAAUUUUAGUGUGAUUUGUUUUUAAGUGCCAUUGAUCAAAAAAUAAUAAUGAAUUAAAAUCAAUGGUGGUAUGAGUUAUUGACCUUUAUAAUGCUCCAAUUAUUAUAUAAUCUCAAAUAUUCCACUUCACAAAAUUAUUGGGUGAAAAUGUUGCAUAUUUUGUGAUUUUUUCAUAAAAAAAGUUUUUUUUGUGACAAAAAGACUUAACUUAAAUCUUUAAAAUCAUUAUAUUGACAGAUAGACCUAAUGUUGAUCUAGAGAUUUAAAACUUGAAUACUGAAUUUCCUUGAAUUGCCGCAGGGUAUAUAGUAGGCGCCUGCCUUUAAUUACUGCCGGGUCGAACUUCUGGGCGGACUUUAUGACUCUCUGGAGCGCCGUUCUCUCUGCGGCCGUGCGGCUGCUGAACCACACGCAGAUGCAGUAGGUCAGGAUGCUCUCAAUGGAGCACCGGUAGAAGGACACCAGCAGUUCCUGUGAGAGGUGGUUGUUCCUGAGUAUUCUCAGGAAGUGCAGUCUCUGGUGUGCCUUCUUGAUGGUAGCCGUGGUGUUGGUGCUCCAGGAUAGGUCGUCGGCCAGGUGGACUCCCAGGGAGCGGAAGUCGGAGACCCUCUCCACACAGUCACCACUGAUGAUCAGGGGCAGGAUGUCCGUUUUUUUCCUCCUAAAGUCUAUGACCAGCUCCUUGGUCUUGGAGGUGUUCAGGGCCAGGUUGUUGACUUUGCACCAAUCCGACAGCUUCUCCACCUCAUCCCGAUAUGCAGCCUCGUCUCCCUCCGAGAUGAGCCCCACUACGGUGGUGUCAUCCGCAAAUUUGAUGAUGGAGUUGCUGGAGUGGGCAGGUGUGCAGUCGUAUGUGUAGAUGGAGUAGAGAAGGGGGCUCAGCACGCAGCCUUGUGGAGAGCCGGUACUGAGGUGCAGGCUUGAUGACAUGUGGCGACCCAACUGCACCCUCUGGGGGCGGUUGGAUAAGAAGUCCUUAAUCCACAUGCAGAUGGAGUUCGAGAGACCCAGGUCUGACAGUUUGGACACCAGUCUAUCAGGAAUAAUGGUGUUAAAUGCCGAGCUAUAAUCCACAAAAAGCAGCCGCACGUAGCUCCCCCCCCCCCCCCCCCGUCUCCAGGUGACCCAGGGAGGAGUGUAGGGCUGUGGCGAUGGCGUCCUCUGUGGACCUGUUGGCUCUGUAGGAAAACUGGUGUGGGUCGAGCUCGGGAGGGAGGACUGAGGUGAUAUGGGUCCGUAACAGCUUCUCGAAGCACUUCAUAGCUAUAGGUGUAAGUGCAACUGGACGGUAAUCAUUCAGACAUCUGACAGAGUAAUAAUACCUAAUAAUGACACAUUUUUAAUAUUUUUUUACCAAAACCCUUUGGGGUCCCUGGGAUCAAGCCUGAGUGGAGGCCCAAAUGUAUAUUUUUUAUACAUAUCUUGUAUUGUUUUUUAAAAUAAAAAAUAUCAAAAUGGCCCCCGCUUGCUUUGAUUUUUCAGUGUGCGGCCCUCAGUGGAUAAAGUUUGGACACCCCUGCUCUAAGUGGAACUAAUUGAGCACGUAUACAUUAAUAUGCAAUGAAAGAUGUUAUUUUAAGCUAAAUUUCAAUAAAAUAUAACAAUAUAUUAAAUAUACCGCCAUGCAGUGACGUGCGGUGAACUAAACACCAGGUGAGGCAUACAUCCUUUUUUUUUUUUUUUAAUUAAAAUGUAUAUGUGCAGCUGUAGUCAUUGUUGAUUUAGGUUGCACAUUAGAGUUACAGGGGGAAAAAAGGGAGUUAUUCACUUUCAUAAAAACGUUAUAAUGAUAUUAUGAUAUGAUAAAUGGGUCCAAAAACUAUUUGAUAAAGUUGUUAUUAAAUACUUUUUGGUCCCAUUUGCUUUUAACAAAAUAAAUCAAUUAUUGUGAGUGUAUAUUACCUUUCUGUAUUUGUAUCUGAAGCAGCAAUAGCUAUCCUCCAUGAAAACGUACUUUGUAUGAUCGCAUUCAUCCUGUUUAUUGGCAGAAACAUUCAUUUAAUUCAACUUCAUUCCAAGAAAUUAAACAAUAUUUUUGCGUCUGACAAAAAACACCCACAAACGCUGGCUUACUCUAAUAAAAAUGCCAUGUUUGUCAUAAAUACAGUUUAAAAAAAGAAAAGAAAAGAAAAAAGCCUGGCUUCUGCUGGAGAGACCUGUGUCUGCUAGCUUGAGCGCCCCCACUUCUCCCAGUGUGGCUAGUCAGAGUACUGCAAGUUGGCAAUAUAUCGCCACUUGAAGCAGAGGUACUUGCUGCCUCAAGACCUGCCUUUUCCACGUGGCAAGAAGCAUGCGCACCCUCGCACGCACGCUCAAUACACACUGUGUGUAGCCGUGGAGGCACCGCCUGUGUCUGCCUCACUUCUCGUCUGCUGCAUUGUUUUGAUCAGGAAACAAUGAAUUUCCGUGAUUUUGACCAUGAAAAUGAUCAAAAUGUACUGGAACCACACCAAAAUCAGAUAGAAAGCAUAAACCAAAAGAGAAAUAUUAAAACUUAUUUUAUUACUUCGUUUUGGAACAUCUCAUGUUUAAGCCAACUAGUGGCAGGUGAGGCACUGCCUCACUUGCCUCCCCUGACAGCACCUCACUGCUGCCAUGUAGGUUAUCAUUGUCGAAUGUGCACAAAAGGCAUUUAGACGCACACUAAAAUCUUUUGACCAAGUUUUUUUUUGUUUGUUUUUUUCAAAGAAAAGGAACAAAAAAGAUACCCAAGACUUGUAAAAUGAUUUAAAAAAAAAAAAAGUGAAUACAGCAGUAAGCAAGCAGGAGCAAACACAGACAUGUCCGCACUCCUUGAAAGCAGGAAUCGUGAUAUACUGGCAGUCUCCUUCACACCACAUCCUUUUUGAGCGGUGACAAAAUAAAAGCACGUACUAGAAAAUAAACGCGACAUUAUGUCUGCAGUAGCACUAACCGAGCUGUAGUCUGUUCAAGUCUUGUGCAGGUCUACAAUCUUGGGCAGCUCUUUGGUCUUGUCCAUGGCGGUGGUGUAACCGUUGAUGAAAGCAGUGCGAGGCGAGUGGAGAAAAAACGGAUUUAUUGAGUAAGGAUGUGACACAAUGUGAUAUUGAUCAUAAGCAGCGGCCAUUGAAAGAAAAGAAGAAAUCCUCCUCAUGACGUCAGGGCCAUGAAACGUGCGCCCCGAAUGAUUUUAUAGCCACCAACGUUUGAUCUUGAAAGUCUUUUAACGGCCAAAGAAGAAUACAUGGAAUAGCGUGAGCAGCAGUCGGAUGAAGAAUAAAGCACAUCUCCAUCUCAUCUCCGAGUGUGAUGACGUCCCUCAGCGAUGGAGACAUCUCCCUGUGUUCCAGUGCACAAAGCAUCCUGGAGGAAGAAGACGACUCAGCACAUUCCCGACAGAAGCAGGUGAAUCCAAGUUGAACAUCAUCUUCACACAAGAACAUUUGGAGGUGCAGACAGUCCAUGUGAGCUUACUCAGCCUUCAGCUGCCUGCACGUUCUCGUCGAGCUCCACGCCGCCGUGGCGAGCUGCGGGACAAACGCAAACGGUGAAGGAAGAACAUCCAGAAGGUGCCUCGUCACUCACAUCAGAUCUUUGAGGUGUGACUUGGAAACAUGACGAGUCAGCACACUUGAUGUCUCAUUUGGCUGAUCCUCAUCAUGAGGACUCCUGUCAAAAGUGAGAUAUGCCAGCUCACAGGAGGGACUUUUAUUGUGAAGGAGUCAGCUCCAGUUGGGGUUUUCCGGCUAAACUUGUAACAAAGGUCCACAUCAGACCUCCAUGUGAGUGACGCUUCACCACGGCUUUGUUUCUUGCGGCUCAAAGAAAAGAUGUUUUACUUACGAGCUGGAUCGUACUGGGCUGAAAUGAAAGAGAAACAAGGUGAAGUGGACUUUUCCCCUCACGUCACGCCGUGUUUCUACGUGAGAGUGUGCGCUCUGUCUCUGUGGAUCUUUGAGUGUUUGGCUGGAAGGCAACUAAAACGAGGCCGCACCUUUGCAGCCCGGAUGAAAGCAUCAACUCACGGCCUGGACCGAGUGCACCGAGAAGAAGAAGACAGAGGACAUUGGCGUCCCUCACCUUGUCUGUUUCUGUGACGCCUGACCAUGACCAUGAUGAUGAUGAUGAUGAUGGCCGCCACAGCGAGGACCGCCGCCGUGGCAGCGAGGGCGACGCUCAAGUUGUCUGUGGAGAGCAAAAAAGCACAAGUGGAGUGACAAAGCAUGAAGAGGAAACCUUCAUGACUACUUUGCAUGCAGACGUCAAGCGUUGUCAUGGUGACAUGGAUCAAUAAUGGUGACAGGUGGACUUGUAAUGGGAAACAUCUCCAACUAAAUGUGUCUUUCUCACCUUCAUGGCUUGCGUUGCUCAGGAUGCUUCUUCUCUCCAGCUUGGUGACCAAGUCCUCCUUGACGCCUGACAGCUGAAACACACAUUCGUACUUGCCCUCCACGUCGGCCGUCACCUCCACUUUCAAGUGCACCGACAUCUGGAAGGUUCCGUCGUGGUUGGGGAGUAUCUCUCCGUGCUCCACGUCCUCGAAGAUCUGCUCGCCGUCUUUCCUCCAAAACAGGUCGGCACCGUCGGGGUAGAAACCUGUCGCCAUGCAGCUGACCGGAGAGGACGGCGUCUUCUGGAGCAGGAACACCUCUGGAAGCUCUGCACAGGAAGUGAUGUCACGUGUGAACACAAGACAACGUGGGGAGAAGGUGUGGAUGGAGAGAAGGUGGAGAUGGAGGUAAAGAUGGAGAGAAGAUGUGGAUGUAGAGAAUAUGGAGAAACGGUGUGGAUGGAGAGAAGCUGUGGAUGGAGGUAAAGAUGGAGAAAAGGUUUGGAUGGAGAGAAGCUGUGGAUGGAGGUACAGAUGGAGAGAAGGUGUGCAUGGAGGUAAAGAUGGAGAGAAGGUGUGGAUGGAGGUAAAGAUGGAUUGAAGGGGUGGAUGGAGGCAAAGAUGGAGAGAAAGAGUGGAUGGAGGUAAAGAUGGAGAGAAAGAGUGGAUGGAGGUAAAGAUGGAGAGAAAGAGUGGAUGGAGGUAAAGAUGGAGAGAAGUUGGGGAUGGAGGUAAAGAUGGAGAGAAGAUGAGAACGGAGUUUAAGAUGGAGAGAAGGUGUUGACGGAGACAAAUAGAGAGAAAGAGUGGACGGAGGUAAAGAUGGAGAGAAAGGGUGGAUGAAGGUAAAGAUGGAUAGAAGGGGUGGAUGGAGGCAAAGAUGGAGAAAAAGGCGUGGAUGGAGGCAAAGAUGGAGAGAAUGAGUGGAUGGAGGUAAAGAUGGAGAGAAGGUGGAGAUUGAAGUAAAGAUGGAGAGAAGUUGUGGAUGGAGGUAAAGAUGAAAGGAAGGUGGAGAUGGAUGUAAAGACGAGGGGAAUGUGUGGAUGGAGGUAAAUAUGGAGAGGUGUGGAUGGAGGUAAAGAUGGAGAGAAGGAGUGGAUGGAGGUAAAGAUGGAGAGAAGGAGUGGAUGGAGGUAAAGAUGGAGAGAAGGAGUGGAUGGAGGUAAAGAUGGAGAGAAGGAGUGGAUGGAGGUAAAGAUGGAAAGAAGUUUGGAUGGAGGCAAAGAUGGAGAGAAGGUGUGGACAAAAGUAAAGAUUGAGAGAAGGUGUGGGUGGAGGCAAAGAUGGAAGUAAAGAUGGAGAAAAGAGGUCAAGAUGGAGUGAAGGGGUCAAUGGAGGUAAAGAUGGAGAGAAGAUGAGAACAGAGGUAAAGAUGGAGGGAACAUGUGGAUGGAGGUAAAGAUGGAAAGAAGGUGUGGAUGGAGGUAAAAAUGGAGGUACAGAGAGAAGGUGUUGAUGAAGGUAAAGAUGGAGAGAAGGUGUGGAUGGAGGUAAAGAUGGAGAGAAGGUGUGGAGGGAGGUAAAGAUGGAAGUAAAGAUGGAGAAAAGAUGAGAACAGAGGUAAAGAUGGAGUGAAGGGGUCAAUGGAGGUAAAGAUGGAGAGAAGAUGAGAACAGAGGUAAAGAUGGAGAGAAGGUGUGGAAGGAGGUAAAGAUGGAGGGAACAUGUGGAUGGAGGUAAAGAUGGAAAGAAGGUGUGGAUGGAGGUAAAAAUGGAGGUACAGAGAGAAGGUGUUGAUGAAGGUAAAGAUGGAGAGAAGGUGUGGAUGGAGGUAAAGAUGGAGAGAAGGUGUGGAGGGAGGUAAAGAUGGAGAGAAAAUGAGGAUGGAGGUAAAGAUGGAGAGAACGUGUGGAUGAAGGUAAAGAUGGAGAGAACAUGUGGAUGAAGGUAAAGAUGGAGAGAACGUGUGGAUGAAGGUAAAGAUGGAGAGAAGGGGAGAACAGAGGUAAAGAUGGAGAGAAGGUGAGGAUGGAGGUAAAGAUGGAGGGAAAAGGAGAGAACGGAGGUAAAUAUGGAGAGAAGGUGUGGAUGAGGUAAAGAUGGAGAGAAGGUGAGAAUGAGGUAAAGAUGGAGAGAAUGAGGUAAAGAUGGAGAGAAGGAGAGAAUGAGGUAAAGAUGGACAGAAGGAAAGAAUGAGAUAAAGAUGGAGAGAAGGUGUGGAUGGAGGUAAAGAUGGAGAGUAAGAGUGGACAGAGGUAAAGAUGGAGGGAAGGUGUAGUUGGAGGUAAAGAUGGAGAGAAGAUGAGGAUGGAGGGAAAAUGAGAGAACGGAGGUAAAGAUAAAGAGAAGGUGUGGAUGGAGGUAAAGAUGGAUAGAAGGUUAGAGUGGAGGCAAAGAUGGAGAGAAGGUGUAGAUGGAAUUAAAGAUGGGGAGAAGGUGAGGAUGGAGGUAAAGAUGGAGAGAAGGAGAGAAUGAGAUAAAGAUGGAGAGAAGGUUAGAGUGGAGGUAAAGAUGGAGAGAAGGUGUAGAUGGAGGUAAAGAUGGAGAGAAGGUGAGAAUGAAGGUAAUGAUGGAGAGAAAGUGGGAACAAAGGUAAAGAUGGAGAGAAAGUGAGAACGAAAGUAAAGAUGGAAAGAAAGUGAGAACGGAGAAAGUGUAGAUGGAACUGGAUGGAGAGAAGGUGUGGAUGGAGGUAAAAGGAGAGGAUGGAAGUAAAGUUGGAGAAGAAGGGAAAAUGGAGGUAAAGAUGGAGAGAAGGUGAGAACAGAGUUAUAGAUGGACAGAAAGUGUGGAUGGAGGUAAAGAUGGAGAGAAGGUGAGAGAAAGAGAGAAGAGUAUAAAGAGACAGGGUGUAAUGUCAGUAAUGUUCCUAUAGGGGGAGUGCUAACAAGUUAAAAGGUGAAAGUACAUGCUGUGUUUCUACCUGUUCUCAUUAGGACCUCCUUCCCAUUGUUCACAUGCUUCUUCAAGUAAGAAGGACAAUCCUCAGUGUAGUAAAACUUUAUGUAUUCUAGUAGAUGUUUGUUCUGGUCCCACUCGAGUUUGGUGGGGAAAGCUUGUUGUUUUGCUGCAGUAUAUGUCCAUGUCUUCAUGUCCAACGAUAUCAAAUCUUCUCCAUCAUAACCUUGCUGUUCCCAACCUUUAACUUCAUCAGUCUCAUCAUUCCAUUCACAUCCAGACAUCAUCUGGAAAAUGUGAACACCUGAGACACACACAGUGUUGUAAAGCAGAGUGACACACACACACACACACACACACACACACACACACACACACACACACACACACACACACACACACACAUUCACACACACACACACACACACACGCACACACGCACACACGCACACACACACACACGCACACACACACACACACACACACACACACACACACACACAGUAUUAGUGUAGGUUAUUAUGGGAUGGACAGAGACAAGUAUCAGUGCAGUAAUGUGUGUUUACUACAGUAUAAAAAGAGUACAUCAAAUACAUUUAAGUAGUAGAAAGUUCAACAUAAACAAACUUCCAGUUUGGUUGAAACGCUUCUUAAGAACUUCAAGGUUGUGUUUGCCCCUCAACUCAUUAGCAACACUGAUCUCUGUUUGUCUCUGCCAGUAUUUUGGAUUCUCUGCUGUGAUUUUGUUCAUCCAGUCCUGUUUGGCUUCAUCUUUCCUGCUGUUGCUGUCAUAGUGAGAAAUCUGAACUCCAUCAACAUAACCAACACUCACAUACUCUGGGAAGUUUGUAACUUGAGAGGACACAGUGCGGAAAUACUGCAGCGUGUGAAUCACUGAAAGAAGAACACAACAACAGGAUGACUUUUUAUUAUUUUGUUUCAUGUUCAACAAUCUUGCACUGUGAAUAUUUUAGCUCUUUCCAUCUUCAGUCGGGUCUUAAAGUGAACAUCAAACACUGCUAGAUAUCACAGUCAAGACUCACAUGUUCUAUGACAAAUACAACACAUUAAUAAUAUUACUAACAUCUGUUGACAGUUUGAACAUUUUGAAAAUAAACAUAUAUUUUCUACAAUGGAGGCUGAAUAAAAAGUACAACAGAGUUGAACACGACCUGUUCUGCCCAUUUGAUGUCGACUCUUACUGACAUCUUGUGGCGAGGUGAUGUUACUACACUUGAUUAGUUUCUGACACUUCCGUGUUUGAAGAUAUGUGUUCGUUCUUACAAGCCUUGGAAAAAAUAAGUCUUUGAACAAGAAACACUAAAGUCCAAAUAAAUAAAGAGCUUAAAUGGAUUUCUCUGCUUCUGCAACCUUCUUGGAACAUUUUGAAUUUUACUUAGAAAAAGGGAAAACAAUAAAAUAUGUUUAAAAAGAACCGGGAUUAAGUAAAAAAGGGCUUGAAUAAUACAACAAUUAAUUAAUUAAUAAGUAACAGAAACUCUCAGAAGUCAAAUAAGUGAAGGCACUAAUAGGAUUUAUGAAUAACAAUUUAUAAACUUAUAAAAAGGACUUACCAGGCGUCACGCUGUGCAUUUGCACGACCAGAAGAAAGAAUAAAAACAAGUUCAUGAUGUCAGCGCGAAACAAAAAGAUGUUUGCCACUUUUAAUCCCGCAGAGAAAGACAAAAGUGACGAACACUCGCUUGACUGGCAAACAGGAAAAA